AUGAGCUCAAGCUCCCCCAGAUGCCCCAUCUACGAGGGAGACCAGCUACUACUAUCUUCAAGAGACAUCUACGAACAACUGUGCGAUAGACGGAUCCACGAGUUAUCCAACCAUAUUCAGGAAAUACGACUAAUCCUGAUUGUCGGGGUCAGCGCGGUGGUUUGUACAGUGUCUGUGAUUUUCAUCAGAUCUUGGUAUCUCAAAAACCCCGUCACUAAACACCUCUUUUCUCAAAAUUUUAUAACGCUGUACCAGAAACUGACUUGGAGUCUGAUUGACACAAAGAAACAUAUUGUCGGGUUGCUUAAAUCAUAUUCACAGGAAAAAGAAUUGACAUAUUACAACGACUCGGUGAUUGAUCAAUACUACGACGAUGAAGAUCUGCUUCUAAGCUAUUAUACAGAAGAAGUGUCAGGAGACUUGAUCAAACACGACCUGGAACCUUUAUCUGCAUUGACAGAUUCAUUGUUCGAUUCUGCACAAACCAUGUCGGUCCCCACGGAAGUUGAUGAAGUUCCCAUUGAUCCCGAGGAUGACCUUCGAGUCAUUGUUGAAAAGCCAGUUUUGAAUAAGUUGCAUGCAUAUAUAUUCGACCAGUCAGACUUCAAAGCUGCAAGCUAUUCAGCCACACAGACGUACUUACUAAAGGAGCCAAUCGAAUUAGAAGAAUACAUCUCCGUCUGUUACGGAGACUACACAGAGGAGGAGGAAUCCGAGGAAGAGGUUGACUUUUCCGAUCUCAAGCCGAACUUCGAUGUGCUCACUUUGGACUACCAUCUUUCGGAAUCGGAGUCCCGGAAAUACGAGGACAUCAACGUGCUUAGAAAGCUCAUGUCGCUGGAAGACAUUGGAGAAGCCAUCCAUUCCAAGGUGGUGGUGCACUCUUCGUUUAUUUGUUAUCUGAUCCAAACGACCCCAGAUGCUCAGUUUAAAAGACUCAUGUUCAACUUCGUCCGUGACCUCAUCACCUACGAGACAGAUAACACUCUGGAAAUGGACCAAUUUGCUCAACUUGUCAACUGUCUCUUUGAUGCUACCAGAGCUACCACUGAUAAAUAUGAGUACUGCUGCGGGAUCAAGACAUUGUACUCUACUUUGGGAGCCAUUGCCAUUGACGACUUCUCCGACUGUUUUGAUUACUGGUUUUUCAAGAACACGCCUAGUCUCGAGGUUGAGUUUGAGGUUUUGAAGCUGAUUCUUUUGAAAAACGUCUCCAAGCUUGCUUCCAGCUCCACGUUAUUUGAAGCAACCAGCCAGAAAAUCAAGCCCCUUCUGUUGGAGCUGCCACAGGAUCCCAAGGUGAUCGAGAUGAAACAAGUCUGGGACUUUGUGACUUGUUUUGUAGGGAAUGAGAACAUUGUGCAAGCCAAAACAUUGCUAGAAAAGCCUAUUGAGAAUAAACGGAAGAUCUCUGCUACACUUGAGCCCAACGCGAGUCAGACGAAAAAGUUCAAAGGCCUAAGAAGUUCCAACAGGAACGACUUGGAAUACUAA